UCUUUUCCGAUAAAUGUUGGUGUGGUUGUGUUGUAAAGAUGUCAAUUGUAAAUGGAAUGGACAACGGCGAUCAUUAUAGAGAAAUCAAUUACCAUUAUGCCGAAGAAUGUAGCCAAGAUGAUGUGGGUUCCUUCCUCUUCACGUCAGAAUCCGUAGGGGAAGGCCACCCAGAUAAAAUCUGCGACCAGGUGAGCGAUGCUAUCUUAGACGCACAUCUAAAGCAGGACCCCAAUGCCAAGGUAGCGUGCGAAACGGUCGCCAAGACGGGCAUGAUUCUUGUGGCUGGUGAAAUCAGCUCCACUGCUCACGUGGACUAUCAAAAAGUGAUCAGAGACACUAUUCGACAAAUCGGUUAUGACGAUUCGUCCAAGGGAUUUGACUACAAGACUUGCAAUGUUCUCAUCGCACUUGAGGAGCAGAGCAUUGAUAUUGCAGCUGGUGUACAUGUUGACAGAAAUGAGGAAGAUAUUGGUGCGGGAGACCAGGGCCUCAUGUUUGGCUAUGCCACUGAUGAAACUGAAGAAUGCAUGCCCCUGACGGUGGUCUUGUCACAUCAGCUCAAUGCAAAGAUUGCCCAGCUCCGACGAAGUGGAGAACUGCCAUGGGCCAGACCGGAUUCAAAAACACAGGUCACAGUUGAAUACCGCUACAUCAAAGGCGCUGCCGUCCCACAGCGCGUGCACACUGUUGUCGUCUCCAUUCAGCACGACGAGACUGUCACAUUGCAGCAGUUGCGAAAAGAUCUUAAGGAGAAAGUUGUUAAAGCAGUCAUUCCAAAGCAGUACUUGGACGAACGGACAGUCUUUCACUUACAGCCUUCUGGCAAAUUUGUUAUUGGGGGACCACAGGGUGAUGCUGGUUUGACUGGAAGAAAGAUCAUUGUUGACACAUAUGGUGGAUGGGGUGCACAUGGGGGUGGGGCUUUUUCUGGCAAGGACUUCUCUAAAGUGGACAGAUCUGCAGCCUACGCUGCUCGCUGGGUGGCGAAGUCUUUGGUGAAAGCCAAUCUCUGCAAACGAGUUCUUGUUCAGGUGUCUUAUGCUAUUGGAAUUGCUGAGCCUCUGUCCAUCACUGUAUUCAGUUACGGAACAUCAUCAAAGUCUGAAAAAGAACUACUACAAAUUGUUAAAAACAAUUUUGAUCUUAGACCAGGAAAGAUAGUAAAUGAACUGGCCUUGAGAAAACCAAUCUACCAGAAAACCGCUUGCUAUGGACAUUUCGGACGACCAGAAUUCUCCUGGGAGGUCCCCAAGAAGUUAAAUUAUUAAUGUAUAAGCUCAUGUUAAAUAUGGGACAUGAAUUUUUAAUAUUGACAAUGAAUUUUUACUUUUUUUUUUUUAUUCCUAUUUUAUGAUUGUGUUUUGAAGAAAACUAUGUGGCAGAGUAUUAUGGAUUUUCGGGAUUUUUUCUCGGUAGGCCACAGUAAUUGGAAGGAUACCCCGACGCUGAUGUUGACUCUUACACCAAUUGAAGCAUCUUAAUGGGGUCUGUAGUCCUGUCACCUUGUUUCCAGGGCAACAACAGUCUCGGUUUCCGCCUUCCAGUUAUUGCAAAUGUGCAGUUUCCUUAACUUUUUAUAUGCACAGUAAUUCCCUGUGCACAUUUGUCUUGUGUUUAUGAAAAUUUAAAGGAAAAGAGCACUCUUUAUAAACACUCGGGCCUUCAUCCAUAUUGCUCUGUAACAUCAUAUUUGCAUAUCUAUAAUAUAUGUUAUGAUCUUACCUAUGUAUUACAUGUUGUUCAAAUGAUACUUCAAUAGAAAAAUUGCAUAAGAAAUGUUUUAAAUUUACUUGGUGCUGAAACUUUAAGUUGGGGUUCCCACAGAUAUGGGAUAGAGCAAUUUAAUUGUUUUAAAAUCCAACAUUUCAUUUCCAUGCAGGGCUUGAAUUUAAGAGCGGCAUGUGGCAAAUUGCAGAAGUGACCUAGUCAUAUGCCCCAUUGGCCUGAAAAUUAAUUUUGGCUUCUGCCAAACUGGCUAUGCCUUAUUUUGCCUAUUGCUUAAACGCGACUCCUGGAUGCUGUUGUAUUUUGAAAACAUGAAACCAUUUACACUAGUUUAUUUUGGAAUAAAAUAAAUUAACAUUCUUCUGUAUUAGGUCCCUUGCUCCUUUCUAUUGCUACUGAUCAACUUAUUGACCAAAUCAGAAACCUUGCACAGUAUUGUUGCCAGAAAACAGUGAUGUGAAGGUUUCUUUAUUAGGGACUGCUGGCUGAAUUGUUUUGAUUGAGGCAAUUGGAACACUUUGAUUAGUAGUACCCAAAGAUUAAUUUGGAAUUGCUCAUAACUUCCAAGUCUGAUCAUAGGCAGUGACAUUCAAAAUGCUAUAGACGAGAAUUCUUUCUUUUGUUUACUGUGAAAUUGUCAAAAUAGUUGUUACAAAUGUAUUACUAGUUCAUCAAUAUAAAACACAAUCAAAUAACAAUUGAACUUUGUAAUACACAAAAGCAUUUCCCCGAUUCUGCAGUUGGUUUAGUUUUUUUAUUCUAUCAGUAGCCGAAUGAGGGAAUUCUUACAUUCUUAUGCCUGCUUUCAAUUAGCACUAUUCUUUACGUAAAAAUAUGUAUUUCCAUAUCGUCGUUUUUGCAAGCUGAUUGCUAUACACUUACUUUCAGUUUGUUUCAUUUGAUUUAUCAUCAUUUAAGAAUGCUUAUAUCUGGUACUUUCACGAUCAUUGAUGAUCAUUUACCCAGAAUGUUCUUCAUAUGGUGGUUAAAAUUUUAGUUCUGAACUGUAUUACACCAUUAUAAAGAAGUGAACUUCCUCCACAGAUUUUAUGUCUUAAUAUUUUGUAAAUUUCACAGUUCUCAACUCAAUAUUGUUGUGCAUGUUUCUGUACUUUAUUACAUUCAACUAAGCUGCUAGUGAACAAAUCGGACGUGAAGCGAUAAAACUGAGCUUGAGAAAAUUGUCUAUCGAUUGACUUUUUUUUCACAUGCAUUAACAUAUUUACAGAAUAGUACUGUGUAUAUGCACUACAUCAAUAAACUUGCAUGCAGUAGCACAAUGUCUGCAUGUUUAAAUAAAAAAUAGCAUUUACCGAUUCAACAUGAAACUGUUUUUAAUUUCAUUUUGUUUAACAGUUAAUCUAUUUACUAAGUAGUGCAGAAAUGAGGAGUGAUAAAAAUUGGAUUUCGAGGUUGUAUAAAAUGAUUUAUGACACUAGUAGUUGCAGAUUGGAAUUAUAUUUAUGUAAUUCCAAUAUUGUUUUUAAAAUUAUUGGAUAACUUUUAAUCACUUUUUGUUGAAUUGCUCAAAACUGCAAAGCUGAAUGGUUGUAUGACCGCUGUAUUGUGAUCUCAUUUGCAUUUAAUUUGAUGAUUUGUAGUAUUGAUGAGAAAUUCUAAUGGAACACUGGCCUCAACAUUGUUUGUUUUAAGGCAUAUUGUCACAUUCCUUCCAUGCAAAAACAUGUGUAGCACAAGAUUUGAUUGGCAGUUUAUAUCUAAUGAUAUAGAACAUGUUUAAUCAUUCAGACCUGAAGACUUACUUUUUAAAUACAAUUAUUUGGUGCUUUAAAUUACAGCAGUAUAAAUGACUCAUAAACUGCCCCAAUUCCUGUAAUGUAAAACAGCGCUCUUAGUGGCCAGUGCACUGGUAAAGAAUGUUGUACUUUAAUAAAGUAAACCAAAAUUUACCUCAAAACAAAUUGCCUAUUCUAACUUUAGAUAUUUGUGGUGUCCAAUCUGUGGGAGCCCUAUAAAUGAUCACUUGCCUUGUAACAUAAUAAAAUUGAUUUCCACUGGGCAGAAAUGCUGAGACUAUGAUAAUCGGAUAAUGUUGUUAAUUUCAGAAGUGGAUGUGAUGUCAAAUAUUCUGUAUAUAUGAAUAACACAUCUGAAAUGGCAACUUGUAUUUUAAAGUUUUUUAUAGUGGUCGUAUGGGUUUUGUCAAGAAUUUGCAAUAUUAUGUUGCAUUUAGCAACAUCAGGUACAUUAUCAAAUCGAGGGAUCAUGUAAUAAAAUGUUUUGAAAAUU